AUGAAGAACUCUUCUAUUCUAUUGCUACUAGUUGUCUUUUUCGUCAUUUCUUCUUCAGGAGAAGCAAAAACGUGUUCUGAUGGAUGGACUUGCUUAGGUCCUAAAGAAGAAGACAAAUGCAAAGAAAACUGCAUGGCUAAACACAAAGGAGUUGGAACCUGUAAUUUGUAUACUAUUCCAGAAUUCCCAGCUCCGAUAACUUAUUAUAUGUGUGAUUGCAUGUUUGAUUGCUAA